AUGGAUGGACGGCACCGAUCUAGGGGCAACCCAAGAACAAAGAGAAUAGCAGAAGCAUUUGAAGAAUACCAUUCUCAGUCACUUGUGAUCUUCCCAUCCCAAGAACAAAGGCCUGCACCAGUUCUUAAGAGAUUUUCCAUCAACUCCACCAGAAUGAACAUCGCCUUCCUAAGCCAAAAAGAUGAACAAAAAAGAAAUGGCAGCCAGACGCACAAAAACAUUACGACUGCACCAUACGACGAUGGUUAUCUGUGGAGAAAAUACGGGGAGAAGAAGAUCAGAGGCAACGUAUUCCCAAGGAGCUACUACAGAUGCACCUACAGAGAGGACAAAGGCUGCGGAGCUACAAAACAAGUACAACAACAAUGUCGCAGUGACCCACCCUUGUUCUUGGUCACUCAAAAAGGAGAGCAUACAUGCAACACAGCAGCACCUGCAACUCCAGGCCAUGGACACAUGGUGGUGCAAACCACCUCUGAUAAUCUCGUUCCAGCAUUGUCGAUGGCUGAUCACUCUGGAGAUUGCAAAUUCCAUCAAGAAUUUAGCUAUUCUUCUCCCAACACUACUGUUGAGUCUCAUCCAACGAAUCAGUUCUUCUAUGAGGAUCACAGUGUGCUGGACAACUCUGCGUUGGGUACUAUUCCUGACGCGUACGCAGCCUCCAUGGCCAGUGACUGGAAUUUCAUCGACGAAUAUUAUUCCUUCUAUGAAAACUUGUGUCCCUACUCCCAAAUGUUCAGUGUCAGCGAUCUGAAGCUGGAGGAGUUCGACUUCGAUGAGGUUUGUGAAAUUGUUCUUUGGUAGAACUCUGAAUGGUGUACUGAGGGGAAAGAGUCUUCACGAGAAUUUAUGUAAUACAUAUGUAAGGAUCCGAAGGUGUGUUUACGUAUUUUAGUUGAGAAGAGAGGUAAAGGAAUUUCUUCUCGGAAUCAAUCAAUCAUAUAUAUGUCCUUUCACUUGGCAAGUGCACGGGCGGAUUCCGUAGAGGUUACAAAAUUCCCAGCCAAGUUUUGAUCCUUGAUUAUGAUUUGAUCCUUGAUUAUGAUUACUACAGUUAUUAUCUCAUGCACUUAUUAACUGAUCCAGCCCUUGGGUCAUAUUUGUCUUUUUCAA